AUGAGACCUACUAGCAAGAGCCACAUUGGCGUCGACUUUACAAUGUCGUCGAAUGUUCCACCUGAAUCGAGGGACUCGUCAACUCCACCUUCACCUACAGCCAUGAGAACUCUCCAAAGAUCAGCAAGUAAUCUUUCCGACGAGCGAACUCCUCUACUCCAAAGUGCGGGGCGUUCUCGUAUACGUCUCGGUGGCGCCGCGGAGAUCAAUCGCCCAUAUCUACCAAGUAGUCUAAGAGGUAGUCGGCAUCAUAGCCGUGCCGGAUCUUGGGGCCAGCGUCUAGUCACCGCAUUAAUUUCAGAAAGACAUGGACCCAAGGACCAGAUGCGAGAAUCCAAAAACAUGUCGACCACAGACGACAGAGUUUGGUAUGAUCAAUUUACAUCAACAGAUUGGGUUCAUGACAGCAUUGCAGAUGCAUACCGAGUGAAGGGGCUCCGAAGUAGGAAAGAUUUUCGAGGCCGAAUCAAGGCGUUUUUUGAUGGCACACAAGGUUGGAUACUGAGUGCCCUAGUUGGAUUCGUGACAGCUACGAUAGCAUAUACCGUUGAUGUCUCGGAGACUCCUAUUUAUGAUUGGAAAGAUGGUUAUUGUCAUGAUGGAUUUUUCAUGAGUGAAAAGAGAUGUUGCCCCGACGGAGACAAAUGUGAUGCUUGGAAAUCUUGGUCCAAUUAUGUCGAAAUACCAUUUUUUAGUGAGGAGUUAACAGAGUUCUUUAUUUACGUUUUACUUGUAGUCGCAUUUGCAACAGCAGCAUGUCUUUUGACCUUGACUACCAAAACGGUCGUACCAUCAACAUAUCAACUAUCUACGUUGGAUGAGAACCUUGGUGCUCUUAGUCGACAUGACUCCCAGGCGCCAGUCGAUGGUAAUACCAGCCCGAAGAACACGCUGAGUUCUGAGACGAAUGCUCCGAUGAUCUACUACUCGGCUGCCGGCAGUGGAGUGGCUGAAGUUCGCGUAAUUCUUAGCGGUUUCGUUUUGCAUGGAUUUCUUGGCUUUAAGACUCUACUCGUCAAAACACUCGCUCUGAUAUUGAGUGUGGCAUCCGGGCUAAGUUUAGGAAAGGAGGGCCCUUUUGUACACAUUGCAACUUGUGUGGGCAAUAUCGCAUGCCGCUUAUUCUCCAAAUACGAUGACAAUGACGGGAAACGCAGAGAAGUAUUGUCUGCGGCCGCAGCUGCAGGUGUUGCGGUAGCUUUUGGUGCUCCCAUUGGCGGUGUUCUCUUUUCUUUGGAAGAAGUGGCGUACUUUUUCCCAGCUAAAACAUUAUUUCGAACCUUCUUCUGCUGCAUCACAGCUGCACUGACGUUAAAAUUUCUCAAUCCUUAUGGCACCAACAAGAUUGUCAUGUUCGAAGUUCGCUACUUAACGGACUGGAACUUUUUUGAACUCGCCGCUUUCAUCAUGGUCGGUGUACUCGGUGGCAUAACCGGUGCAACAUUCAUCAAGGCAUCUAGGUCCUGGGCACAGUCUUUCAGGAAGAUUGAGAUUAUAAAAAAGUGGCCUCUUUUUGAGGUCAUGCUUGUUGCUCUAUUAACAGGCCUCGUCUCCUAUUGGAAUCCGUAUACUAAGAUCCCAGUAGCUAAAUUGUUGUUCAACUUGGCUAGUCCUUGCGAUACUGAUAAAUCAGAUAGCAUGGGCCUUUGUCCCAGUAGCAUUGAUGAGAUCUUUCCCAUCAUUGGACAGCUAACUAUUGCAUUUUUCAUCAAAGGCCUGUUGACGAUUAUUACAUUUGGCAUCAAAGUUCCUGCAGGUAUAUAUGUUCCAUCUAUGGUUGUAGGCGGCCUACUCGGCAGGAUCGUCGGUCAUUUGGUGCAAUGGCUUGUAUUGCAAUUUCCCCACGCUUCUAUAUUUGAAAGUUGCGCUGCUCAUGAGAGCGGAACAUCUUGUAUUACUCCCGGUGUUUAUGCUCUCAUUGCUGCCGGUUCUACGAUGUGUGGGGUAACCAGAUUGUCUGUGACUUUGGCAGUCAUUCUCUUUGAAUUGACAGGUAGUCUUGAUUAUGUUUUACCAUUUUCCCUCGCUGUUUUAGUCUCAAAAUGGACAGCAGAUUUCAUGGAACCUCUGAGCAUAUACGAUUUACUGACCAACCUCAACGCUUACCCAUUUCUUAAUAACAAGCAUAAGCCGAUAUUUACCUCCGAUCUUGCAGAUAUUGUGCCCCGUGUUCGAAGAGAAAGAGUUAUUGACAUCUCAGUCUCCCCCAUGAUACCUGCUAGCAGUCUGCGCCAGAAGUUAGAGCUUUUGCAUCAGGCCGGUGAGGUCGAUGGUGGAUUGCCAAUCAUCAGAGACGAUGUUCUUGUCGGUCUAAUACCAGCCCCCGAUUUAGAAUUCGCUCUCGAUAAUCUUGAUAAUGAGCCAGGUACCUUGUGCCUCAUGGCGACCAUCAGCAACUAUGAUGACUCUGAAGAAGAAGAGCAUGUUGAUCCUACUGACUUCACGCCUUACAUUGAUCCUGCACCGGUAGCUUUAGAUAUUCGUUCCCCAAUGGAUUUGGUCUACGAAUGUUUCGUGAAACUCGGCUUGAGAUAUGUUUGUGUACUGAAAGAUGGCCGUUACGCCGGAUUGACUCACAAGAAGACUUUUGUCAAGUAUAUGCGAGAAUUGGAAGAAAGAGAUGGACAUAAUUGA